AUGCAGGAGCGUAGAACUGAGCAGAGCGAGUGUGUGUGUGAAGCAAGCAGCAAGUAACAAGCAGUAGGCGUGCUGCUGAGUAUAGAGUAGCACGCAGAAUGAGAGGAUGUGACUGUCACCGUUGAAAAAAGUCAAUGGAUAUUUAGGCGUUGCUAAAACAGGGUGUCUCAUGUCAUACGGUGAACUUUGGGAUCUUGCACUUUUUCUUCCCUUGAUUUAGCAAAGCGUUGUGACGCAGGCACCGCUCGGCAGUCGCCACUAGUCUGCAGCCCAUUCCCUGAGCAGUUGUGUUGGAGUUCAUGGCACUGUGUAAACAGGGAGAGGAAAAAGAGGAGAAAGAGGGAGAUCUGAGAAAGAAAAUGCGGGGAGACAGCCGCUCAGAGAGGGCUGCAGCCGGUCACCCUCUAAUAAAGCUCCCUUGAGUUGGACUGCAGCAUGUCAGCAAAGUCUAAGGGGACAUCCUCGCCGACAGAGGGGACAUCCUCCAAAGCCAAGGUGAAAGAACAGAUCAAGAAUAUUGUGGAUGAUUUGGAAUUAGUCCUGGGAGACUUGAAGGAUGUAGCUAAGGAACUUAAGGAGGUGGUUGACCAGAUUGACAAUUUAACUUCAGAUCUGCAGCUGGAGGAUGAGAUGACAGACAGCUCCAAAACAGACACGUUGAACAGCAGCUCAAGUAGCACAACAGCUUCUAGCAUAGACAAGGUUAAAGUUCGAGCCAAUGCACCUUUAAUAAAUCCACCUGCACAUCCUUCAGCUGUCCUGACAGUACUUAGGAAGCCCAAUCCACCACCACCGCCUCCACGGUUAACUCCAGUGAAAAUUGAAGAAACUCAAAGAUUAAUCAACUCCACCAACACUAUAAAGAAAAAUGGAGGAUUACUUAGAAAUGGUGGAAUUCCUGGGGGACCUGUCACACUUCCUAAUGGUGAUGUAUGUGCAAUUCAUAAUAUCAAAGUGGAUAAAAUGACAGGACAGCCAUUGACACACAGACCAGAAAAGGACCGUUGUUCUCAGGCUACGACGAGAGAACGAGUACGCUUUAGUGAAAAUGUUCUUUAUCAUGGCUACUGUCCAGACUGUGAUGUUCGAUCUGAAAUGAAAAAUAAAGAGGUACAUCUUCAUGAGGAGUCCAUCCCCUUAGCAGCAAAACUUCCUCACCAUUGUCCUUUGCCAUCAAAACCAUUGUAUCCUAUGGAAAAUGGUGGAUUAGGAAUUACCAGUGGUGUCUGCCAUCUGCCUUCAAAACCAGGAAGUCAGCCACCGCCAACUGCACCAAAACCACAAAAAACUAUACUGAGAAAAUCAACCACAACAACAGUGUGAUUAUUUUUUUAUAUUUAGAUUUUUAUAAUAUUUAUUAAAAAACGAUAAUGAGCACUUUAAAGCAAUAAAAAGCCCAGAUUCAACCCUCCUCUCUUCAGAAGUGUCAUAACAAUCAAUUUGAGAGAGUAUUGUACGGGAGCAUACCUAAUGGAUCCUGGAGCUUUACGUUUGGCCACAAGGACUCAAAACUGAAUACGACUGUAUGAUCCCUGAGGCGGGCAAGACCAUCUACAGUCGGCAGCUACUUGCAGGUUUCUUAGAUUUACAUGCCUUAAUGCUACUCCAUAUGGUGAACCAUUGGAUCAAGAAGGAAUAAAAGAGAAGGGUUUCGUGGGUUACUGAAGCACAGCACAAUGAGUGAAGAUUGUCUCAAAAAUGUGUUUGUUUAUAAGAACUUGGCCUUGAAUAACUCACAGCCUACAGCAUCGUUUGCGGCCAAGGUUUUCCAUUUGGAAAGCAAUGUAAAGCUAAGUAAAUCAGCAGCUGCACAAUUUCCCACCAAAUUAUGUCAAUAUAGAAAGACAACACAAUCUAACAAUCUUGAAAAUAUCUAGCAUCACUGAGCCCCAUUGUUUACUGAAAGCCACAGACAAUAUUAUUGAUAGGUUUUAAAUAUGUCUGAAUGCUUUUCAUUCUAGUUGAGGAAAUAUCUCUAAUUUAAGCCAUAGAUGACAAAGAAGAUGACAUUGAGAAAAUGUUUUAAAUCUUUCUCAGAGUAAAUGAACAGCUGUAUUGCAACAGUUGUGAAUUGAAGUCAAUGCAUGUCAAAUAUCUGCACUGUCACUUCCAUUCAGGGUAAUGAUAUAUGCCAUAAUUUGCACAGAUGGACAGAAGAUUAAAAAAAAUCACAGUGCAUUCUUCAGGGGCUUGCAAGACGAAAUGGGUAAAGUUUUCCUUACAUGGACGCCUCACCUGCCCAACCCCAAAGAUUAAUUUAGUUUUUAUAUAAAAUCUGUAAAUCCAUAGUAGAAGAUGAUUUACUAUGAAAAUUAUGUUUGUGCUGCCUCAGCAAAACCAACCAGGCUAAAUGCUUCUGUUUUUUUGAGGCAGUGUGAAAUUUCCACUUUAAUUGAUAUUGUUCUUUACAAUUUAACUCCCAUUAUAUAUACAUGCCAAGAAUUAAAAAAAAUACUUGAUCACAAAAAUACCAGCUAAUUGUAGAUUUGUCUUCAUUGAGAACCCAAGAUCUUGUUCCAUUAAUGUUUUUGUUUGGUUACACAAGGAAUAUUUACAAAAUAUAGUUUUUUUGGUCACACUUUUUUUACACUUAUAUAAUCUAUAUAGCCUAUUGUUUUAUGUUAUAUCUUAUGUUAUAAAUAUAGGAACAGCUUUUAUUUUAUUUUUGGAAUAUUAAUAGAAAGGCUUAAAAAAAGAACGUUGAUAUGUUGGGCCACUGCAACCUUCAGGCUAAAAGCUUUAAUAUAAAUACUAUGUACCAUAUUGUAAAAAAAAUAUAUAUACUGGAACAUUAUAUAGUAUAUUUCUACUUGCAUACCUGUACAAAUAAAAAGAAAAGAAAAAUAUUUUUCACUGUAAAGAUGCAGCAAAAUUUUAUUUUGAUAUUAAGAACAUGGUGGAUAAUCGAAAAAUACAUGUAUGGCUGUCUGAUGCCUGUAAAAGAAAAGAAAACAAAAAGGCAUAUUGAUUAAAAAAAAAGAAGUUACAGUCAAAAUCUAUGUAGAGGCCUCUACGUGACUUUUUCAUGAAAAUUUGCUUUAUUUUUAAACAAAUAUAGUCUUGUACUAGUUAUGUUAAUUUUUAGGUUAUGUUUUAAAGUCAAACAUAAUCAGAAAUGUUAACUGAGCCAAUUUUGAUCCAACGAUGAAACUUCCUAUUUAUUCUCCAAAGUACAAAAAGUGUGAUAUAAUCUUUAUGCACUGCACAGAAGAUAUAAUGGUUUGUAAAUUUAAAACUCCUAUAUUGCAAGUUUACAAAAUUUCAUAAUGAUUUACAUGAUACUUAAGCAUUGAAAGUUGAAUAUGCUUAACAUCGCUCGAUAUAAUCUGUUUUUUGAUUAUAUGUUUCCCAUCACUACAAUAUACUUAAAUAGAUUUUCUUGAAGCCUAACAAUUAAUGGAAAAUUAUGAAGUAUGGUAUAUUACUUAGUAGCCUAAAAAUAAGGAUGAAAAAAUAUUGUAUAACUAGAAUAUGUAUCGAAAUA